UGCUCUCCUCCAUUUGCCUAUAAAUUCAUCCACUCCUUCAACAAUUCUUCCACACCAACAUUCUCACUACUUCAUCUACAUUACUUCUUUUACAAUUUCAUCUUCAACAAAAUCUUCCAAUUUCAUCUACACCAACUCCCCAACAAUAUGUCUUUACUCACAAUGGGCGAAGCACACAGAGGAACAGUUGCAAACAUCGCAACAUACGAUGUAUCAAGGUUUCGAACUCGAGUCCACGAAUUUGUCCCAAUGGACCCGAUGAUUCAACCUUAUGUUGAACUCGCCGGUUUUGGUCACAUUAGCAAGAUUAUGUCUUGGUCUAUAGAUAACAAGUUCAUUCUAGCCUUAUGCGAAAGAUGGAGGCCAGAGACACACACAUUUUGGUUUCCAACCGGUGAGUGUACCGUGACGUUAGAAGAUGUCUACAUGCUUUUAGGACUACGAAUUGAAGGCAAAGCUGUUAAUGGUAAGACCAACUAUGCAAAUUCAAUUUGCAUGGAGCUUUUAGACACUGAUUUGUUAGAUGAUAAUGCUAGAGGUCAAGGUAUACUACUCUCACUAUGA